UCAAAGCGGAAGACCGUGGUUUAACUGUCCAAGCUGUGCUUGGAACGCCGUGUAUACUUAUAACCUCUGUUUAUUACAGUACUGGGAAGCCCUCCUCCUCUCAUCCACUAUCCAAGUUCCGUUCAAUGCCUAACGCUGCGGAAAGUCAAGGAGCAAGCGCGAGCGUAUCCGGGGCCCCGAACCGGCCGCCGGACAGAGACGAUGAUCACGCCCUGCACCUUGGCUCCUUGGCCAGGGAGUCCCUGAGACCACGGCGGGCGUCCAGUGCGGAAGUGCGCAUCCCCUGGACGUGUCCCGUCACGCACUCCAGGGAGAAGUUCUACACGGUGUGCUCUGACUACGCCCUCCUCAACCAGGCCGCCUCGGUGUACCGGCCGCCGCCCGUGGCCCCCAGGGACACUCCUGUGAAUGCCCAGGAGAGCGACACUUCUUCUUCAGCCGGCUCGGCUAACGUGGUCCUGGAUGGAGACAGUGACAACAUGGAGGUGGAUCCCUCCAGCUACCUGAAGCCUGUCCUGGCCUGGGAGAUUGACACGACCGAUUUUGAUGCUGUUUUAACGAGAAAAACCAGGACAAGCAAUCUUAAGAAGUCCAGCUCCAAGAAGAUGAAGACUUCAGACAAACACAGCAGGAAUCUGCAAGACAUCCCGCAGCAGGCUACGCUUGAAGAAAUUAAACAGAGGAAGGUCAUGGACCUUAGGAGAUGGUAUUGCAUCAGCCGUCCACAGUAUAAGACUUCCUGCGGAAUAUCCUCUCUAAUUUCUUGUUGGAACUUUUUAUACAGCACGCUUGGAGCAGGGAGUCUUCCCCCUAUCUCCCAGGAGGAGGCACUACACAUACUGGGGUUCCAGCCACCGUUUGAGGAGAUCAAGUUCGGGCCCUUUACGGGCAACGCCACCCUGAUGCGGUGGUUCAGACAAAUCAAUGAUAAUUUCCGGGUCCGCGGCUGCUCAUACAUUCUGUACAAACCACACGGAAAGCACAAGACCGCAGGAGAGACGGCUGAAGGGGCUCUACUAAAACUAACACAGGGCCUGAAGGAUGAGACCAUGGCCUACAUCUACCACUGUCAGAACCACUACUUCUGCCCGGUCGGCUUCGAGGCCACCCCUCUCAAGGCUGCCAAGGCCUACAGGGGCCUGCUUCCAUCUAAUGAAAUGGAACACUGGAUUCUCAUUGGUGAACCAAGCAGGAAACACCCAGCCAUUCAUUGCAAAAAGUGGGCAGACAUUGUGACAGAUCUGAACACGCAGAAUCCGGAAUACUUGGACAUCCGUCACACAGAGCGGGGGAUUCAGUACAGAAAAACCAAAAAGGUGGGAGGAAACCUGCAUUGCAUCAUGGCCUUCCAGAGGGUGAACUGGCAGAAGCUGGGCCCCUGGGCUCUCAACCUGGAGAACCUGCGGCAUGAUCUCCACCACCAGGGGGCAGACCGGGGCUCCAGUGGAGCUUCAGACGACCCAGAAGGGAAGGCAACCGCCAAGCACCCGGGCCGACUGGGCCGGUCAAUGAGUGCGGGGUGCCAGAAAGAAACCACCUGGAAACGCCUGUCCAACACCUACGAGUACAGGCAUGGGGGGUCACCCGAGAGCGAGGUCGACGAGGGGGCGACCGACUGAAGCCUGAGAGACACAGGGACUCAUGGGAAAUGAAGUCUCUGAGGGAGUUCUGCAGGUGUGUCUCUGCAUACCAAUUGCACUUUCUGUUCAUUUGAAUUUAUUUAUUGAUAGAUUGUAUGCACAGAAAAUGGCGUCAUCUGUUAUCUGUCUGAUUCAUUUGCAUAAAUCAUUAGCCGAAAACAUUCAUUUGCAUUGGUUCAUAUUUUAUGUGUACUGUGCUCAUGCAGAAUUCCUCCAGAAUGAGGGAUACCGUGUCUCAGAACUUUGUGAAUAUAUUAAUAAAAUAAUUCCAAAAGAGAAAAUAAGGAACAUUUGAUUACCAUAAGUGAUCUUAACAUAAAUACUUCAUCCUCUCCUAAAUUUGGCACUGUUUUGGCGAAUCCCAUAAUUCCUUUUGGAAGUAUCCAGGGAUAAUAAAAAUAGCUUGAUGUAUUCCCCUAACUCUGCUAAACCAAAAGUAACAGCUCCAUUUAUUUAAAGCUUACUUGUGGUUUGGCAGCAGUCUGUGGAUGUAUCCCAGCCCUAUUUUAUUAGCCCUGGGAGUGUUGACAAAAGGUGAGACCUUAAAAAUACAUUACAAGAGGAUUUUUUAUGUUCUGUCCUUGUAAUGUGGUUAUGGACCCACUGUUAGUUUGCGAGAGGGGUUGAGGAAGUUAAGCAAACUCAUAUAUCAAGGUUGUGGGCCAUUUUGGAGAGUGCUGUAUGUUGCAACAUUUCAGGAAGGGGGGGGGGGCGGUCACAGAGAAUGUAUUCCAUCAUCAAACCGGUCAUUUGCUCAGAACGUUCUCUUUAGACCAGGUCCACUUUGCUAAAGAGUAGGUGUGAGACACAAUCUUGCGGUCACAAUUCCUCUAUCAGACCAAUAUUUAUUUUUCAAGCUUGGUGAUUAAUUCACAGUGCAACUGUUUUUAGUUGCACAGCAAAUGAAAAUAUUGAAUAAAUAAUAUCUUGGUGAGAUUUUUACUUUAAUUAUAUUACAUGCUUUAUUUGGUGAAACUUUUCGGUUUAAUUCUAAGCCUCAGGCUGGUGAUCGUCUUUGUAAAUAAUGCAAGCAAUUUUGGCAGUGCUGGUAUCACUACUUCAUAGGAUCAAUGUAUCGUGCAAAGAAAAAACACGACAUGCCCUGUUAUUAUUUACCUAAUAAAAAACGAAUCCUUUUAAAAAUAAUUUUACAUUUUCUUUGAAAUGAAGAAAAAAUAGCCAUAUAGGAUAGGAUAUCCCUCCCAGGUGUAGGAAGUAUGUGCAUAAGACUUGCUUGGUAGCAAACGGAAGCCUUCACAUUCUCUUCAGUUAGUCCCUGCUGUACUCAAAUAUACCUUUUCCAAUUUACUUUUUGGUACCUACAGCAAGGUCUUCAAUAGUGUACACUGAUAUUUAUCACAAGACAGUUUAGUAACAAAAAACAACGUUGCCAAAGUUUAUUUUGAAACAUCACAUAAACUUGGCAUACUGUAAACUUGAUCUUCUCUGGUGCAUGUAACUGUAAUCUUUGAUAAUGGAUCAUAUUUACUGUCAUUUUCUAUUUAUUUCUAUGUAUUCAAGGAUCCCCAGACAUAUCAGAGAAAGCCUGGUAUGUGUCUAAGUUCUAAUUCUUCUUUAUUAUUAUCAUUAUUGUUAUUAUUCUAGCUAAAUAUUGAAUAGAAAGCUAAAGAUUUGUUUUUGAUUCAGCUAAAGGAUGGUAAUAAUGAAUUCAGAUUUGUUUUGGGACCCCAAUUUUAUUAAUUUGUUUUCCUGAGCCAGAUGGUGUAACAGCACCAUCUGUGCAUGAGUGACUGGGUGUAGCAAGGGCAGAAACAUCAGAAACCACAGCAGGGUCACAGUAUACCAACGGGCUGAACUUCUACAAGUCUCCACUCAGUACAAACUAUUUUUCAAAGAUUAUAUUCAAUUAAAACUAAAUAGCCUGUCAUUUUAUUUGAUACAGUAUACAAUAUGGUAGAAUACUGGCACAUGAAUAUAUGCAAUCAAUGCUGUGCACUAAUUAUCGUGUUCAAUUUAUAUUCAUUGUUCCAGAGUGGAAUAUGAAAUAUAAACAUGGGAAAUCCAGAGUCGGACGAGUUGAAGGCACAAUUUGUUAAAACAUUAUAACCUUUUUUUUCCAUUUUAUUUUUAUUUUUAAGCUGAAUUUCAAUUCAAUUUCAGGAAUUUUUUGUGUCAGGUGCAAAUUGCAAAAAGCAAAACAAAAGCGCAUGUCUGCUUCUAUGUGCUGUAAAAGACUGUAUGCUCUAACAUUCCUGUGAGAACAGUUAUGGAAUACAUUUCCGUCCCUACCGCUUGUGUAAAUGUAAUGACUGUAGUGUGGAUUUCUUUUUGUUCUUUUUUCUUUACAAAUAAAGAUUUAUACAACUUGUUAUCAGUA